ACCAUGGACCAAAUUUCGAUCGAUGGCCCGCGGGACCAAGUACGCGACCGCCGAAGACCUGCGCCUCGCCCGCGCGAUCGUGGCUGCGGCCCGCAGUAGGAGCGCGGUCGUCGACAACGUCAAGCACUUCUGGACGGACGUGUACAGCCACUUUGUGACGCUCGGGGAGGCAGCAGGCGCCAUCGACUUUCGCUCGCCCAGCGGCGUCGAACAGCACUGGCACAGCGUCGCCGACAACGUUCGCCGCUUUGUUCAGCUCUACGAAGCCGCGAUGUUCACCAGCGUCAACCAUGAGAGCGCCAUUGCGACGGCCUGCACCAAGUACGUGCAUGAAAGCGGCCGUGUCUUCAAGCACCUUGAAGUGUGGCAGUACCUCCGGGAUGAAGCGCCAAUGUCGUACCAAUACUUGCUAACCGUGCACCCCCGGGUCCUUGGCACCGAUAUGCCAGCGCCGAGAGACAAGCACGUGACAGAUUGUGCACCUGCGAUCGAGCCGACGCAAGCAUCUGACCAAGAGCCGAGCGGGACCAGUGGCGCUGUCAUGGCGCCUGUGGAGACGCCUGUGGCCACCAUGAGUCGUGUCAGCGGCAAGACAACCGCCACCAAGAAACGCAAGGCCAUCGACUUUUCGGCCGCUAGGCUGGAGCAGCGGCAGCGAAAGAACGAGCUUUUGGCGCAGCACAACGAGCUCUUGCGGCAGCUCGUGGAGGCUCAAUCCACGAUGGCCCACGCCGCCGUCUUUGCAGACGCACCUGUCGGUGAGCGCGAGGCGGCGGCAGCACUGCAACGUCGCGUGGUGUUUGCACGACUAGAAAAGGAAGCCCGAGCUUUGGGACUCGACGUCGCCAACUCGAAUCGGUAGUCGUUUCGCUACAAACGACACUUUAAGCGACAGGCCGGCAAAUCGUUUGGUGGCAAGGUGCGACCGUGUCCAUUGCAUUGGUUUUUUGUGUGUUGAAAUUUAAAAAAGUACGAUUUACGCUUUGUCA